CGUGAUUGGUGGAAAAUGUCUACGUUACUGAAGAACGUUACUAAUUGUAUCUGGCAUGCUUUUGAUUCGCUACAAAAUAAUGAUGUGGUUCAUAAAUCAAAAUUGAAGGUCUUAACAGCAAACAUUGGCACUCUACUGGACUUGUACGGAGUGGAAAAAGGGUUGGACCACUUCAGAUCCUCACAGGAGCUGACCUUCGACGAGUUUCGGUACUACCUGCAGCAUGAAGUGUUCAGUUCUCUGCCUAAAACUUUGAACCUCCCUAUUGCUAGGGAUUACGAAAAGAAAAUUAGUGAGGUGUGCUGGCUGGUCUGUCGCAAGACAUUACUGUCAAGAGACAAAGCUGUAUUCAACGACGAUUCUGUCUUCAAGCUCUUCCGCAUAUUUUGUCUGCUGGCUGAUCUCGUGCAGGACGGAGACGAUGGAUCAUCUCAUCACUAUGUGGUUGUCCUUCAGCCGUCGGAAGCAGGCAUAGUAACAGAACAGCUAGUCCACUGCCUUGGUCUUCGUUGGGACGCUGCCGACUGGGAGGCCCUUGGUUCCUCUAUCGGUCAUUUUAAAUGGGCCGCCUUUCUUGCUGUCUUAGAAGCCAAAUACUGUUGCGACCACCAGAUACACCCAGAAGCUUUGAUUGAAGCAGUCGUCGAGGUCUAUGAUGUGUUCAUUGAAGACAUCAUCAAAAAGGGCUACCUCUACAAACGCGGCUAUGUAUUACCAACAAUGCGCGAGUACUGGUGCGUCCUGCAACCAUGCGCACUCACUUAUUACAAGAGUUCGGCUCAGAAGGACCAAUGUGGACGCAUAGCCAUUGACGAGUAUUGUUCCGUGGAAUCGACGGCAGGGGACGGCAAGAUACAGCGUUUUCAGCUGAUCACUCCUGAAAGAACUUUUGAGUUUGGCACUCAAGAUCAUAAGAGUCGACUGCAAUGGAUAUCAGCGUUACGGCAAGCGGCGGCAGUGUCAGGUGGGUCGGAGGGAUACCAGCGCAGAGCACGAGCAUGCAGACGCGGGGCGGGGGCGCGUAGAGAGAGGGAGGCAAGGGAGACUAAGGCCAGGUUGCAGCAUGAAGUCAGAGCGAGAUUGGCAGCAGAGGCACAAGCACAGGAACUGGCUGAAAUAUCACAGAAAGAUAAUAAGAAACUAGAAGAACUUAAACAUACGCAAACUGAACUCGAGAGGCUUCUUCAAGAAGAGACUCAAGCUAAGAGAGACGAAGAAAUUGUUAGAUCUUUACAAGCUAGAGUGCUAGCAGAAGAAUGGGAAAGAAGAGAAGAGUUGGAGAGACUACAAGAAGAACAAAAUAAAAUGCUUGAAGAAGAAAGGUUAAAGCGAAAAGAGUUUGAAAGAUUGCAGGCAGAAAAAGAAGCUCAGUUUAGAGAAGCGGAAAAACGUCUAAAGGAAUUGGAAUUAGAAAAACAAAAGUUAGAUGCAGAAUUGAAAGCUGCACAAGAAAAAAUUUCGAAGACUGAAACCAAUACACAAGCACUACAUGUACAGUUACGGGACCUAACACCACUACUCAAGAACGGCGAACGUGCUCGACGUGCAAUCUCAUUCGUUCCGACCACGAAGAGCUCGUCAGACACCCUCAUUGACGUCAGAGCCAUACGACAUUUGAAAGUCAUCGACGAUGAAGACAAAUUAUGAUAUAACAUAAUGGAACAAACAAUAAACAAAGUGAUUUCGAAGUAAAUUAAUGAAAAAAUUAGUGAAGUUAAAAAAUAACAAAC